UCCCAUUCCCAUUUCUCGUUAAUUUCGUUUCAGAUCUUAUUUGAUUAGUUUUCUUCUCUUCUUUCUUGUUAAUGCCACACAAUCUCUUGUUGUUUUGCUUCAAUGCUCUCACAUUCCACUAUAGGGAAAAAAUUUGAGAAACGAAAAUCCUUAUGUUAAUUUAUUCAAUGAGAAAUUUAGAACUGUGAUACAACUUUACCUUGAUUAGUUUUAUUCGAUAAGUAUUGAUUUUGGAGUUUUUGAUCUAUAAUAUUCUCUUAUGAGAUUUUGGAUCUAAUGGAAGUCGAAGUAUGAUUCUGUGAUAUGAUUGAAAAAUACAUGAUUUGCAUUUUUUUUCUCAAAGUUGAAUGGGUUCUGAUUGGGGUUAUUUUGUUACCUGUGCAAUGCAAAUGAAUGGUUUUUGUUAGAACAUCAGUAGACUAUACAGAUCAAAGAGCCGAAGCGAUUCCAUGUUCCACAGCUACGCCAAAUUGGACUGUUCAUGUUUCAGAUAUAAGAACGGUUAAAGUGAGUAACAUAUCACAGAUUACUUCCAAACAAGACAUUGAAGAAUUCUUUUCAUUCUCAGGUGAUAUUCAAUAUAUCGAGAUUCAAAGGGAAUCUGAUCGCACUCAGGUUGCUUAUGUUACCUUUAAGGAUUCACAGGGAGCAGAGACAGCAGUUCUCUUGACAGGUUCUAAGAUAGGUGACCUAUAUGUCACGAUAUCGCCGGUCGAGAAGUACCAGCUUCCCCCUGAAGCUCUUCCGUCAAGUCCUACAAACCGAAAUAAUGUUGCUGUUAAGAAGGCUGAAGAUGCGAUAAGUACCAUGCUUGCGAAGGGUUUCAUUUUGGGAAAGGACGCAAUCAACAAGACAAAAUCCUUAGAUGAGCGUCUUCAGUUGACCUCUAAUGCUUCUUCAACAGUUGCUUCCAUUGAUCGUAAAAUUGGUUUAAGCGAUAAACUAAGUAUUGGAACAACCAUUGUGAAUGAAAAGGUGAAAGAGAUGGAUGAAAGGUAUCAGCUUUCUGGAAUGACAAAGUCUGCUUAUGCUGUUGCUGAGCAAAAGGCAAGUAGUGCUGGAACGGCUAUCAUGAGCAAUUCUUAUGUCUUAACCGGAGCGUCAUGGGUGUCGAGUGCGUUUAGUGCUAUUGCAAAGGCAGCCGAGGAUGUCAGCACGAUGACCAAGGAGAAGGUUGAACAAGCUGCGGUGGAAAAAAAUGAGAUUAUUUACAGUGAAAGAAAAGGGACGGUUGAUGAGUUUUCUCAGAUGCACUUUGAACAGACGUUAAACAGCGGCCCUGCAGUCGUUCCUGUUAAUUCAAUGAAUGACAGUAAAGCUGGUAAUUUUCUAACAUGAACUGAUUCGCAAUUUCUUAACAUCCUUAAAAGCACAGACCUUGUUGGCAGUUAUUUUCAGUCUUCUCUUCGAUUGAUGCAAAUUUGUUGUACCGUGAAAAGUCUUGUUGAUUGUUAUAGUGAUGUAAAGGUUUGUCCUACAGAUAUGAUUCAUAUACAUGAACAUCAUUCAUGUAUAACCAUUCUUUGUUAUUCUUUUAGCAUCAUAUACCUUUUGAGUUUUAUCUUUA